UUUUUCAGGAUUUAGGAUAGCACCUGCUUAUUUCUAAUUGUUAUAGUUUUGUUUCUUUGACAUUUUAGCUCUAAAGUUGUAAUUAGUCUGUACACUUCUCUUUCUUUCAGCUAUACUUGGCUUUUUUCCUUUAUUUUAAUUUGAUCCUUAUUAAAUAUCUAACGGCUUUUGUUAUAUCCUAUCUGAUUUAAUGUUACUUUUAGUGUUUCUUGGAACUUAAAUCUGGUUUGUAUCUUAUAUACUUAAUUUUUUUCCGAUUUUUCACGAAUCAUAUUAUUGUUCUAAUAUAUUCUUUACAGUGUUUCAUUAGCUUUUACUUCUAUUUCUUUUGUCUGUUAUAACAAAAGCACUAAAAUAUUUUAUUUUUUGAAAUAAAUUUGCAUAUCACACCUUAAAUAUUCAGUUCACUUAAAACAACCUCAUGAAUAAUACAGUUUAAAAUAAAAUAUUUUACUUCUCAUAACAAUGGGUUUUACAGCUUACAAGCUUAGGUAUUAACAUGCAUCAGUCUAUUUUACUUCAAGAAGUAGUGGUGACUUUUUAGUGAGGUUUGGCUGGUGUUUCUGUUGGUGGAUUUACAGGUCUUCUGUCCUGCCUUUCUUUGCAGCUGAACCUGCUGGUGAAGGUGGUGCAGCUUCCCAAGCCACGUCCAGGACUGAGGCUCUGGGAGAUGCUGAGGGUGUGUCUACAGGGAGGACUUCUCCAGCUCCGUUGCUGAUUCCUACACAGAAGCCUGGCAACCAUCGCAGAGGUCCUCCAAGGGGGAAGGACCAAGCUACAGGACACCAGAAACCCCAUGAUCCAUCCGAAAACAUGAGGCAAAUGCUGAAGGAAAUGCAGCAGGCAGGAGAAGAAGUGGAUGCAGAGGCUGGGCAUAAGGCGGCAUUUCCCAGAGGAAGCAGUGAUUCCAUGCCAGCCUCUGCUGCAGGAAGAGAGGCGAUGCCAGGCACAGGCACAGGAGAUGAGGGUGCUGGGAAGGCUUCUCCAUCAGCUUGGAUGAAUAAAGUUUUGAAGCCCUUGGAGCCUCCUGCAGAUGUAUCUACAGGGAGGACUUCUCCAGCUUCUCCAGCUGCUACCUUGGAUGCUGCACUCAAGCCCAGCUCCCAUCUCAGGGGUACUCCAACAGGGAAAAUCCAAGAUACAACAGAUAAGAUAUCCCUGGAACCAUCCAAACAGAUGAGGCAAGAGCUGAAGGAACCCCUGCAGACAAGAGAAGAGAUGGACAUAGUGCUUCAGUGGAAGGUGGUAUUUCUUGAAGGAAGCACUCCAUCUUCGGUGCCAGCCCCUGCUGCAGGAAGGAAGGCGAUGGCAGACACGGGCACAGGCACAGCAGACUGGGAUGCUGGGAAGGAUUCUCCAUUAGCCUGGCGCUCUGAAGUUGUGAAGCCCUCUGAGCAUUCUGCAGGCGUGUCUGCAGGGACGACCUCACCAACUCCUACCUUGGAUGCUGCACAAAAGGCCAGCUCCCAUGGCAGGGGUCCUCUGACAGGAGAGACCAAAGACAUGGCAGGCAGGAAAUUCCAGGACCCAUUAGAAAUCAUGUGGCAAAUGCUGAAGGAAUGUCUGCAGAGAAGACAAGAAAUGAAAGGAGAGCCUGCGGAGAAAGAAGCAUUUCCCAGAGGAAGCAGUGGUUGCAUGGCCAGCCUCUGCUACAGGAAGGGAGGCCAUGCCAGGCACAGGCACAGGAGAUGAGGGUGCUGGGAAGGCUUCUCCAUCAGCUUGGAUGAAUAAAGUUUUGAAGCCCUUGGAGCCUCCUGCAGAUGUGUCUACAGGGAAGACUUCUCCAGCUUCUCCAGCUGCUACCUUGGAUGCUGCACUCAAGCCC